AUGGCCACUCUCACCAAAACCGAACUUGAAGCCGCGAUCACUAACUCCGUGCAAAAUCGCAUUAUGGCCUACAACAGCUCUUUUGCGUUAAGUAUCCACUGGCAACUCGACAAUACUAAUGCUACCGAGGAUGCCGACCACUUCCAGUCUAUCUUCAGCACCCUCAACCUUCCACAAAGCCGAAGUCCUGGCCCUUACCACGGCAGAUAG